AUGGUUCUCCCUACUGCCCCAGAGCCUCCCACCCUGCUAGGAUAUCAUCGGAUCCUAUCACCUAGCGCCGGUGUUCGUGUGUCGCCCUUAUGCCUGGGAACGAUGAGCUUCGGCAAUGGCUGGAAAGGGGUAAUGGGUGAGUGUGACCAGGCAACCAGCUUCAACAUGCUAGACACUUUCUACGAGAGCGGCGGGAACUUUAUCGACGUGGCCAACUUCUAUCAGGGAGGCGAUAGCGAAAGAUGGGUGGGUGAAUGGAUGGCACAGCGGCAGAAUCGUGAUGAGAUCGUAUUAUCCACCAAGUACACGAUGGGAUACACGAUGUUCGGCCCGCAAAAGAUCAAGUCGAACUAUCAGGGUAACCAUACCAAGAGUCUGCGUCUCUCAGUCAAGGCCAGUUUGCAGAAGCUGCAGACUGAUUAUAUCGACCUCUUGUACGUGCACAUGUGGGACUUUACCACGAGUGUGGAGGAAGUGAUGCGAAGUCUCAACCACCUGGUGGCCAAUGGCAAGGUUCUGUAUCUGGGGGUCAGCGAUACCCCAGCCUGGCUUGUGGUCAAAUGCAAUGCAUUUGCUCGAGCCAACGGACUUACCCCGUUUAGCGUCUACCAAGGCCACUGGUCGUGCGCUUUCCGGGACUUUGAGCGGGACAUCCUGCCUAUGUGUGAGUCUGAGGGCAUGGGUCUCGCGCCAUGGGGUGUACUGGGCCGCGGUCAGUUCCGUAGCGCCGAGGAGUUUUCUCGUGAGGGUCGCAAGAUGGGUCCUCAGGAUGAGAAGCACCGACGACUUGGAGAGAAGCUCGAUCAGAUGGCGCAACAGAAGAACAUUAAGGCUACUAGUAUUGCUCAAGCCUACGUCAUGCACAAGGCCCCCUAUGUAUUCCCAGUCAUUGGGGUCGCAAGGUGGAGCACCUCAAGGAGAACAUUAAGGCUCUCGGCUUGGUACUGA